CAGGACAGGAGAAGUGGGACUGUGCAGAGUCCAUACAUACAGAAUGGGGUGACAGAUACCGAGAAUGACACCCCGGCAUCCAGGACAGGAGAAGUGGGACUGUGCAGAGUCUAUACAUACAGAAUAAGAGGAGAUACUGAGAAUGACACCCGGCAUCCAGGACAGGAGAAGUGGGACUGUGCAGAGUCCAUACAUACAGAAUAAGAGGAGAUACUGAGAAUGACACCCGGCAUCCGGACAGGAGAAGUGGGACUGUGCAGAAGUCCAUACAUACAGAAAUAAGAGGAGAUACUGAGAAUGACACCCGGCAU